CCAAUCAGGAGCCAGAGUUCAGUGUCAGCGACCAAUCAGGAGUCAGAGUUCAGUGACAGGAAGCGAUCGGAUCAUUCGGACACCGUGAAGCCGAGGAUCAAACGCUCCUAUCGCUGUUUGCAGGAGUUUGGAAGCUGAACAUUGAGGAUUUUCUCUAAUUUGAGGACCAGCCGCUCAUCAAUCAUGCUGAAAGCUAUGGGACAAGCUUUAUUCUCCGUUGGAUUGAAGAAUCCCAAAUUCACAGCAGAAGAGUCCAAGAGCCAGGACUAUGAGAUCCGCACCUACCAUGCUGCUAAGUGGGUGAGCACCACUCUGAGUGGGAUGCAGAGUGAAGAAUGUAUAAAGACCGGCUUUAGAAAGCUCUUCAAUUACAUUCAAGGGAACAACCAAAACAAGGCUAAAGUGGAGAUGACCGCCCCUGUGACGUGCCGUGUGGUCCCUGGAGCCGGCCCCGCCUGCGAAUCUCAGUUUACCGUAUCCUUCUACAUCCCAGAUGAGCAUCAGGCAAACCCACCUGAGCCCAGCGACUCGGAUGUGUUCAUGGAGGAGCGGAAAGAGUUCACUGCAUAUGUCAGGACGUAUGGAGGUUUUGCCAAUGAAAAUACGAGGCGGGAAGAGCUCCUGAAGCAUCUGGAGAGCCUGAAGAGGGACGGCGUCGAAUUCGUGGACAAGCCGUACUACACGGCCGGGUACGACGCCCCGUUCAAGCUGACCAACCGCAGGAACGAGGUGUGGAUCCUCAAGAAAGCAGAGCAGUAGUUGGGAUCCAACUAGCAGCAGCUUCUGAAGAAUGAUGAAAAAGGAGGAGUUUAUAAAUUUUACAAAAACCUACUGAUGUUGAUGACCAAAUACUUGAAAAACCUUAAUAAUAGAAAAUGUCCAGCAGGGGGGGAACCAAGUGGAAAGAGUGCCUUGAUUAUUAUUAUUUUUCUUUCCUAUAAUACAAUGAAUAUACCAUAAUUUUGUGAUUUCUUUUUUUUUUAUCAUAUUAUUGACUGUUUAAAAGGGAUUUUUUUUUUUACAUUUGAGCUUAAUUACUAGUUAAAAUGUUAUUUUGAAUUUGAAAGGAUCUAGUUUUUAAAAGCCAAGUUUUUUUUCUUUUUAAGCAGCUGCUGCGAUGGUCCAUGGACCAAGAAUCAGAGAACCUAGUCCAUCUCAUGUCAGAAAGUCUCAGAACUCUCUUAUAAUGUUUAGGAUCAUGAUGCUUCUUUAUUUUUCAGUGCCUUACUGACGUCUCUUUCAGCACUUUCUUGUUUUCUGAUCACAUGUAAAAAAUUAUUUUGCUAUUAGUUCUGGAAUCUGAUCAGCAGUUCUAACACAUGACCAAGGUAAACACUUUCUUUGGAGCUCUGGCUUUUUACCUGUAAACCUCCAGUCUCAAGUCUUCUACUCCUUCACAUUUGGCUCCAUCUUUCUACACGAUUGAAAACAAUCCCCACAGCAUGAUGUUUUCAUCACCUAGCUUUACUAUAUAUUUACUUUUCCUCCACACCAAUCAUUUUGCAUAACAUUUAAUGUUGUUCUUAUCCGAGCAGAGCGUUGUUUUCCACGUGUGGCCUCUGCAUUGGGAAAACAGCCGACGGCUUUUCCAUGAAGCCUGAUCUGAGCUGAGAAUGUUUUCCGUUCCACCACAGCAGCAAACCUAGAGGAAAUGGAGACCUUUUGUUUUAUAGAAAUCAGAUUAUUAAUUUUAGUAUGACCAGAAAAAAAUUAUUAAAUGAACCUUUGUGCUUAACUUUGAAGGUUUGUUGCAGCUUUUUCAGUCGUCCACCAGUUUGAUUAAUCCCUGUUUAUCUGCUCUCAGACCUCACUCACAUCCUCUCCUAUCAGAUCCAUCAUGAUAAACGACUAAGUAUCUAUUUCUGGACUUGUCAUGUCACACGUAAAGUUGGCAGGUGGUGCCUGGAGCCUCCAACCUGCAAACCUUUUAGAUAUCUGGGAGUAAUUAUAAGCACUAACAUGAUAAUGCCUUGUUUACAUGAGUAAUUAUGUUUUUUUCAGAGAAACUAACGCUGAUUAUCUGCUUCUAUUUGAUGUUGAAUGUAAAGUUAUUUUAUCGUUAAUAAAAAAAAA